GUUUGUCGUUAUAUAAGGGUUGGCAGAGAUUCAAACUCUUCAGACCAAAUCAUCGCUGAACAGAAGGAGCAAAUAGAAGAUGAAGAAUCAAGUUUGCUCAACUGCUCUCCUUUUCUGCUUUCUUUUUCUUGUUACAUUUUGUUUAACCAUUCAGGCUCAGACUUGCAAGCCCAGUGGGAGCAUAGAAGGGAGAAAGCCUCCUCCAAACCAAUGCAAUCAAGAGAAUGACUCUGAUUGUUGUGCAGAUGGCAAGUUUUACCCCAUUUUCAAGUGUUCACCGCGAGUGACCAGCAGCACAAAAGCAACCUUGACAUUGAACAGCUUUCAGAAGGGUGGAGAUGGUGGUGCGCCAUCAGAAUGCGACAACCAAUACCACUCGGAUGACACACCUGUGGUGGCGCUUUCAACUGGAUGGUAUAACAACGGGAAUAGAUGCUUAAACUCCAUAAAUAUCCAUGGGAAUGGAAAGAGUGUCAAGGCCAUGGUAGUGGAUGAGUGUGACUCUACAAUGGGAUGUGAUUCUGACCAUGAUUACCAGCCUCCUUGUGCUAACAACAUUGUUGAUGCCUCGAAAGCAGUUUGGAAAGCAUUAGGAGUGCCUGAAAGCGACUGGGGAGAAAUGGAUAUUUACUGGUCUGAUGCUUGAUUCACUAUUUACAGUUUUCUCAUGUAAUUUGUUGUGGCAUCAGGUUGAUCCAGGCCUUAUAAUACAAUGUAACCAUUAUAUACCAAGUUUAAAUUUCGUAUGAACUAGAAACAAAACUCUGAGUUUUUAA